GCCACCACUAACGGCUGCGCGCCGGCGCCGCCACCCCCACAGCGGGCGGCGGUUAGUGCGCUAGGCCAGCGGCAGGCGUGUGAGCGGCGAGGGCGGGAAGAAGCUUAACUGAGCGCUGGCACGACGUUCCUGUUGGCGUUGGGAAUAAACUGCCAACACACUUAGAGCUGAAAAUCUAUUGUUUUGCUGCUUUAACUCUUAGGUUUGGCACGAUAUACUGUAUGCACAUUAGGUCCAACUUUAGCUAUUUACAAAAAAGACCAAUACAUCUCCAUAGUAUUCUCUGAAUGGACAGGUUUCCUAGAUCAAAAAGAAAGGCUGAUACAGAGUACCCUUCCAAAAUGGCUGCUCUUAAAGAAGAAAGAGACGUUGAAGACUACAAGAGGAAAGGAAGACGAUCCUCACAGGGCCAUGAGCCUAAAGAGCCAGAGCAAUUGAGAAAGCUAUUCAUUGGAGGUCUGAGUUUUGAAACAACAGAUGAUAGCUUGAGAGAGCACUUUGAAAAAUGGGGCACACUCACAGAUUGUGUGGUUAUGAGAGACCCACAAACAAAACGUUCCAGAGGCUUUGGCUUUGUGACUUAUUCUUGUGUGGAAGAGGUAGAUGCUGCAAUGAGUGCCCGACCACAUAAGGUUGAUGGACGCGUGGUUGAACCAAAGAGAGCAGUUUCAAGAGAGGAUUCUGUAAAGCCUGGAGCACAUCUCACAGUAAAGAAAAUAUUUGUUGGUGGAAUUAAAGAAGAUACAGAAGAGUAUAAUUUAAGGGAAUACUUUGAAAAAUACGGCAAGAUUGAAACUAUAGAAGUCAUGGAAGACAGACAAAGCGGGAAAAAAAGAGGCUUUGCUUUUGUAACUUUUGAUGAUCAUGAUACAGUUGAUAAAAUUGUUGUUCAGAAAUAUCAUACUAUAAAUGGACACAACUGUGAAGUGAAAAAAGCACUCUCAAAGCAGGAGAUGCAGACUGCUAGCUCUCAGAGAGGUCGUGGGGGUGGCUCAGGCAACUUCAUGGGUCGUGGAAACUUUGGAGGUGGUGGUGGAAACUUUGGCCGAGGAGGAAACUUUGGUGGAAGAGGAAAAAAAUCUCAUCUGUUUUGUGUUCCAGGAGGCUAUGGGGGUGGUGGUGGCGGUGGUGGGAGCAGAGGAAGCUUUGGGGGUGGUGACGGAUACAAUGGAUUUGGUGAUGGUGGCAACUAUGGAGGUGGUCCUGGCUAUGGCAGCAGAGGAGGUUAUGGUGGUGGUGGAGGACCAGGAUAUGGAAACCCAGGUGGUGGAUAUGGAGGUGGAGGAGGGGGAUAUGAUGGCUACAAUGAAGGAGGAAAUUUUGGUGGUGGUAAUUACGGUGGCAGUGGAAAUUACAAUGAUUUUGGCAAUUACAGUGGACAGCAACAAUCUAACUAUGGUCCCAUGAAAGGUGGUGGAAGCUUUGGUGGCAGAAGUUCAGGCAGUCCCUAUGGUGGUGGUUAUGGAUCUGGAAGUGGAAGUGGGGGCUAUGGUGGUAGAAGAUUCUAAAAAUGCUACCAAAAAGGGCUACAGUUCUUAGCAGGAGAGAGAGCGAGGAGUUGUCAGGAAAGCUGCAGGUUACUUUGAGACAGUCGUCCCAAAUGCAUUAGAGGAACUGUAAAAUCUGCCACAGAAGGAACGAUGAUCCAUAGUCAGAAAAGUUACUGCAGCUUAAACAGGAAACCCUUCUUGUUCAGGACUGUCAUAGCCACAGUUUGCAAAAAGUGCAGCUAAUGAUUAAUGCAAUGUAGUGUCGAUUAGAUGUACAUUCCUGAGGUCUUUAUCUGUUGUAGCUUUGUCUUUCUUUUCUUUUUAUUUUCCCAUUACAUCAGGUAUAUUGCCCUGUAAAUUGUGGUAGUGGUACCAGGAAUAAACAAAUUAAGGAAUUUUUAACUUUUCAAUAUUUGUGUAGUUCAGUUUUUCCACAUUUAGUACAGAGAAUUCUAUAACAGAAAUAAAAUGUAGAUUAGGGUGUUUCCUUGUUAGUUAAUAGAGAGGAUUAAUGCAUUUCUCAAUUACUAUUUUGUAUUAAUUUAAAGUUAACAAUAGAAACACCUAUUGAUUUGCAGUCUUAAGGGGUCUAGUCUCAGUGUAUAUAUGUAACUGUCAUUGACAUGAGUUACAUAGGCAUACAGAGGGAAAACAUCUGUAUGUUGCAUUAUAGUUUGUUUAGAUGUAUAACUAGGAUUGAGUUACUCAAAUUAGUGUUUGUGAAUUAUAGAACUAAGAUUUACCUUCAAAUGAAAAUUUCAAAUUACUUUUGGUUUGUGCAUAUUUUUUUAAUUUGUAGUUCUGUAUUAGUACUAGCGCUUCAAGAAAAUAAGGCAUGAUAAAUAUUUUAACAAGACCAACUUUAGCCACAUUCAAGCUGUCUCCAGUCUCAUUUGAGAUGUGUAAGAGAUAACUGCAGUUGCUCAAGUUUUGGGUGAAGAAAAAAAGAAACUUGUUUUUUAUCUUUUUAUUUAUUGUAAUUCCUGAGAAGUUAAGGGGGGAGGUUGGGGGGGGGAAUCAAGUGCCUGUUGCCUUGGGAUAUACAAUGAUUCUGUCAAAUAAAGCUACACCGUGGGGAGGGCGGCUUGGAAUUUCAAUCUCCUUCCCCUUCGUUUUUCCCCAUUUCCCUCUCCCUUACACCAGAUUGCACUGUUCCAAUUAAAAGAGGCGUCAUAGUGAGAGUAAUAGGUAUGUUCCAAAAUAACUUAAUGGCUAUAUACUUUCUUGCAUGCACCCUAGGCAAUUUUCUGGACACAUUCUUCUGACUGGGAGCCAAGGGUAGCACAGGUGUAAUCACUGACAGUCCCAGGUAAUGCGUUCCAAAAGCCCAUUCAUGAUGGGCAAAGUAGUAUAGUUCUUAAGCUUUUUCCCUUGUGAGUAUGUAAGCUCAGAUAAGAGCUUGAAGAUCAGAAAAACACCCACAACUUAGUUUGUAUUUUACUAAUGAGAAGCACUUCCCACAAUAUAGAACAAAACAUUGUACAGUCUUAAGUUUCCAUAGGUAAAAUGAUAGUGUGUUACAAUUUGAUUUGAUACACUGGAGUAGCAAAUCUUAUCAGCACAUAUGGCUAGAAAUUGUACUCAAUUCUCACUUCUGACUUCCAAAUUAAGGCACUGCCAUUUGUCCUUUUCUCAGCUGAUCUGACUCUUCUCUCAGCUAUUGCCAGGACAGUGCUUUCUGUCAAUUUAGACUCAGAAGAGUAGGGUCACAGUCAAUAGAAGAAAUGCUCAGACGCUUGACAGUAUACAGUAUUGGAAUUAUUCUCACCUGUUUCACUUCUGGGUCAAUGUGCAGUAUAAGGUAAAUGCAAUUCCAGUGUAGGAAUGAAUCUGCAAAGAUGUAUGAAAUGGCUCAAGUCAUAAUCAGUCAUAUUAAUAAUGAAUUAUAAUUUUAAGAAGCAGAAAAUGAGUGUGUUGUUGAAAAAAUUAAACAAUGUUAUUUAAACACUGUUAUUGGAGUGUAUUUAGACUGCAGUAUACUAAAACAAGGAACCUCUUUCAAGACUGGUAGACUCCGAACUGGAUUACAAAAGUCUGAUUAUUCUUUUGUGUGGAGUUUUAAAAAUAUCUAACUUAAAAGCAAGAAUUGGUGAUUUAGUGAACGCUUUUGUUGUUGUACAUACUUAUUAAGUUGGGCUUGGUGGGGGGAGGCUGUAUUUCAAUAAAGGCAUUUUUUUAAACAA